AUGCCUCUCCUCGAUCUACUAAAGAAGAAAGAUAAAGUCGCAGUAAAUGAUGCGAACUCUUCACGAGCCGGUCCAAUUUUUACAUUUAUGAGAAGCGAUACACAUACACAAGAAGUGAUAUCACCACCUUCUUUCUCUUCUUCGGAAUCAUCCCUGCAACCCUCAGUGAGCAAACCUAACAAUGAAUCGCGAACAAGUCGAUUGUUUAGAGGACGGCCUAGGAGCAACUCGCGCGAAUCCGGGAACUCGGGCACAUCUGGGGCAUCAGCCUCUUCACAAGUGAGCGAUAGAUCCGCGUCAAAUUCAGCACAUCAUAGCAAAAGAAUAUCUGGACGAUUUGGUUUGCGCAAGCAUGAAGUAGGAUCUUCGCAUGUUCCGAGUGAUUUACCAGAGAUUACAGUGGAAGAAGCUACGCCCGAUGCUAAAGCUGCGGAGGUACAAUGGGAGAAGAGGGCUACAAUAUUGGCACAGCAGAAUGAGAGAUCAAUAAGCAGACCAGGCUCAUCUUGUGGCAGUCCACCAGAUUGGAAGAAUAGAAACUCUGGUGAAAUUCCGAGGGCAAUAAGCCCGAGCAGAAAUCCUUCGGGUGUGGUUGCUAGCAGAACUGUAGAUGAUGAUCUUCAGGAAGCUAUUCGGCUUCAUGAAGAAGGGCACUUGGAGGAAGCAACCAAGUUAUUCGCGAAAUUGGCAGAUCCUAAUGGUGCUAAUAAUGCUCUUUCUCAAGUCUUAUACGGUCUUGCUCUCAGACAUGGCUGGGGAUGUCAAGCCAGUCCAACCGAAGCCGUCACAUUCCUGUCGGCAGCAGCAUCAAAUGCAGCAGCAAUCGAGGAGCUUGCACUGCAAUCCGGAAAAAUGAAAGGGGGAGCUGCCAAGGGGGAGCUGGUCAUUGCGAUUUACGAGCUAGCAAACUGCUUCAGAAAUGGCUGGGGGGUUAAAGUAGAUCGAACGGCAGCUCAAAAAUAUUACCAAACUGCUGCCGAACUUGGGGAUACAGAUAGCAUGAAUGAGGUUGCGCGAUGUUACUUGGAAGGGUUCGGCUGCAAAAAAGACAAACACCAAGCAGCGUACUAUCUUCGCAAGGCCGAAAAGGCGGGUGUAAAAACUUUAGGCAAUUCUUGGUGA